AUUAUAUAGUACAGACUACAAAGGUUUGCGGCUGCUUAGCCUGUGUUCCACACUUCCCUUGGCGUUCUGGAAGAACUGGCAAUACUAUUUAGUAUUUACUCUCUCCUUUGUCCUAAACCUACAAAACCCAAAACUUUUCUCUAAUGAUCAUUAUGACGAUCUUACCCUGAAAUUACACCUCUGCCACUGGGCAUUUCAAUCUCUUGAAUCCAAUUGUUGUUUUCUCUUGUCAAAUUCUCUACUUGAAUCUGUUAGUCACUGUAAUUGGUGUCAUCGGGGAGUGUUUAUGGUGAUGGCGGAGAGUGAGGGUGGGGAUGAUCAGAAGGAGGUGAAUAGUGGUCCCAAGUCCCCCUGGAAGACUCCGGUGGUGGCCGAUGCUCCUGUGAUGGGCGCAGAGUCUUGGCCUGCUCUUGCCGACGCCCAUCACCAACAACGCUCCAAGAGUAUUGAUUCUGCUACAAAGCCGACUUCUGUUCCGUCUCCAACGCAGGGAUCAGUUGGGCAACACAAGUCAAAUGGUUCUGGAAACCCUAAUUCUUCACAUAAGUAUUCAUCAUCAAGACAUCAAAAAUUAGGCUCUAAGCGCAACCCAAAUGUUGCACCUCCUUUCCCUGUACCCUUUCCUUACCAGCAACCGACUUUUCCACCUGUUUUUCAUGCUAUGGUGCCUCCACCACACAUUGCUGUUUCUGGAUAUGCUUACCAGCCUGGCCUUGCUCCUUUUCCUAGCAUUGAAACUCAUUUGGUAAAGUCUGGAUCUGAUUCUUCUACUGUCCAACCUUUUGUUCCGUCUGUUAAUGUUCAGACUCCACCAAGAGGGGAUCCCAAUGCUUUUGCUGUCAAUUUUUCAAAUAGAAGACCCAGUGUGCCAGAACCUGGUAGCCAUUUGAAUCAUGCAUGGCAUCAACGAGCAUUUAGCCCCAGAGAUAACAUGGCUUUGCAACAGGGUAUGGGACCAAGGCCUCUAGUCAGGCCUCCCUUAUUUGCUCCUGCUCCAGGCUUCAUGGUUGCUCCAACCUUCCCUGGACCACCUAUAUGCUAUGUUCCUGUUGCACCUACAGGCUCUUUCAGGGGAGGCCACCCUCCACGUUUUAUGCCAUAUCCUACUAGUCCAGGGGCUCCUCUCCUCCCCCAAGAAACACCGUCUUUGAGAGAGAGCAUAAUAAGACAAAUAGAUUAUUAUUUCAGUGAUGAAAAUCUGAAGACUGAUCAUUACCUAAUAUCCUUGAUGGAUGGCCAAGGAUGGGUUCCUAUUUCCACCAUUGCUGACUUUAACAGGGUUAAGAAAAUGACUACAGAUAUACUGUUUAUCCUUGAUGCACUACAAAGUUCAAGUACAGUGGAAGUUCAGGGUGACAAGAUUCGGAGACGUGAUGAGUGGUUAAAGUGGAUUCCAGCUUCUGCAGAAUAUACAUCAUCAUCAAAAACUCAGACUUCUGAGUCCCAACUUGUAAAUCCUGCUAAUGAAGACAAUGCAAGGGGUAUCUCAAAACAAAAUGUGGACUUUUCAUUACAUAAUAAUGCAGGUCUUGCGGAGCACACAUUGUCAAAUGGAGAGGCUCCGGAAAUAAUACAUAUAGGUACAAAGGAAGAUGAAAGUGCAUCUGUUCAUGCUGUAAAACAGGCAAUGGGUGGUGCCAAUGCAGAUCCAAAUGAAAAGUCAGUUGCUGACUUGAACAUUAAGCUUUCUUAUCUUGACAGCAGCUGCAAUGCUGCAUAUGUAGCCCAUUCUGAUGGAACUGAGCCUGCAGUUUCAAAGUAUCAUGCAGCUGAUGGCAUGGGAAUUUCAUUACAUUUGGCUUCGCAAAAUCUUGGUGAUCUGUCUAGUGAUUUUGCAAACACAUUUAUGCUUGAUGAAGAGCUGGAGCUUGAGCAGAAAACACAGAAGAGCGAUUGUGUGUGUCCAGUUAGAAGGAUUGAUGAUGAAGAAGAUGAGAUAUUGGUCAAUGAUCAGGAUGUUCAAAGACUUGUGAUUGUCACCCAGAAUAGCAGACCAAGUGAAGGAUUCAAAACUGGUGGUAAAGAUGCAAAAUCCAUUUCCAAGGAGCUUGCUUCUGCAAUUAAUGAUGGUCUUUAUUUCUAUGAACAGGAGCUUAAAACUAAGCGAUCUAAUCGCAGAAAGAAUAAUUCUAGUUUUGAGAACAGAGAUGGGAACUCAAGAUUUACAAAUAGUGCUCCAGGAGUAUCACAUUCAAAGACUGGUGAAAUUCCCACUGGAUGUGGUGGCCAAGAAGAGUCUGGAAGCACUACUAAUUUAAGGAAACACAGUAAAAGUUUUUCUAAGCAGCAAUCAUCUCAUAAGCAGCGCUUCUUCUCCUGCAACUUUAGAAAUCAUGGAACCGGCCGUAAUUCUUUUGGGAUCAUAUCAGAAAGUCCACCGAGUAAUUCAGUUGGAUUUUUCUUUAGUUCUACACCUCCUGAAAAUCAUGGUCCUAGGUCAUCAAAGUUGAGUGCUUCGCCACAUAGCACUCUGUCAGGCAGUAGUCCACCAGUGGGUUCCAUGCCAAAGUCAUUUCUCCCAUUCCAGCAUCCAAGUCAUCAGUUGUUAGAAGAAAAUGGCUUUAAACAGCAGAAGUACCUGAAGUUUCAUAAGCGGUGCCUAAGCGACAGAAAGAAAAUGGGAGUUGGUUGCAGUGAGGAAAUGAAUACGCUGUAUAGGUUUUGGUCAUAUUUCCUUAGAGAUAUGUUUGUUCCUGCCAUGUAUAAUGAGUUCCGGAAAUUAGCUCUGGAAGAUGCAUCUGCUAAUUACAAUUAUGGGAUAGAGUGCCUUUUCAGGUUCUAUAGUUAUGGUUUGGAGAGCGAAUUCAGAGAGGACUUAUACAAGGAUUUUGAAGAGCUCACUCUUGAGUUCUAUCAUAAAGGCAAUAUUUAUGGCCUUGAGAAAUAUUGGGCAUUCCACCAUUAUCGUGGGCUACGUGAGCACAAAGAACCACUAAAGAAACAUCCAGAAUUGGAUAGAUUGCUCAGGCAAGAGUAUUGCAGCUUGGAGGACUUCCGCACCAAAGAGAAGAAUGUAAAAGAGGAGAGUCAUUAGCUGGUAAUAAUGCAAAUCCCUGAUGGUGACAUCCUCCCAAUUUUGAAAAUCAAUUCUGAUAAGCAGGGAGAGACUUGGCUUAUAUUUUGUUGGAUGAGAAAAUUUGGUUUUUGUAUAUUGUAUUUUGGGGGAGUUGUCAUUUGCAUUAUAUUGUAUAUUGUUUUUUUUUUUAAAAAAAAGAAAUCUAAUUUUAGCCUGAUUAUUGUUUAUUGAUAUUAUCUUUCCCGUGUUCUGUUA